UUACCGCGGCGCGCGCGCAGGCCACACGUGUACUAGAAGCGAUCCGCUCCUUCCGAUUCGUGGAUCGAAUAGAAGAAUAGCAGCCUCGCUUAGUUUUACACAGUGUUAACAUUACAUGCCGCCCGAGUUCGUGAAAUAUAAUGAUAAUAACCAAAGCAUAGACAUUAUACGAUAAUAACACCCGAAAUGAUGUUUUUGAUAAAUAUUCCAGUAAAAGUGGACAUGUCCUUAUCGAUACAGUAAAAUCGAUCAGCUGUUUGAGAGAGGAAGCCGUUGUUCUGUAACGAGAUGAGGAUCAAUUUUAAAUGGAUAACCUUUUUGACCUUGCCCUACGUGUUGGUGACUUCACUACCGGUGCCCAACCCAGAGAAUCACCAGACAAGCGUUGAAACUAAUCCUGCCUUCGUGCAUCAACAACAAACUUAUGCUCACAAUAUACCAAAGCCCGACGAAAGUUCGAAUGAUGACGAGAAAAUCAUAUCUGUAAGAAUAACUUCAUCUGUCGCCGUUGGCAGAUCGAAGGCAAAAUCCUCUCAUAAAGGAUCUGAUCAUAUCAGAGACAACGUACAAUCUGAAUUUCAUACAACGACACCUACUGUAGUACAUGUAGAACCUACUACAAUAAUUUCUGAUAUUCUUACGACUACUGUAAAAACGACCACUUUGGAAGAUGUUGAAAUUAAAUCUGAAGUACCGCCUAACCUUGUUGGUGCUAACUUAGAGUUUCUCAAACAAUUACAAGCGAAAAAAGGAAUAAGGGGUCUGAACAAUUAUGAGCGUUUACAUUCUUUCAAUUCAGAGGAAGACCUGACGGAUAAUGGACCUAAUCAGACUAACGAUUCAGUGGCGGAGUCAUCCGUACAGUCAAUUUUUAGACAAGAAGAACUAUUGGAGGAAGUACCAUUGGCAAGAUCUGUGCCGCUAUCUUACAACUCCCAAAAUUAUAUUCAAGACCCACCACAGGCAAACUCAAGGUUAACAAGUAUAAAUUUUAACGUAGUACACGAUACACCAAAAAUAAAUAAUUAUAAUGAUAAUUUGGGUACAUAUAUCAAUCCCACACAAUCAGAUCAAGAAACACAAGAGUUUUAUAAUCAACCAUCUAAAAUUUACAGUCAACCUGCGCAAAUAUAUAGUGAACCGGCAAAAGUUUAUAGUGAACCAGCAAAAAUUUAUAGUGAACCUGCUAAAGUGUACAGUGAGCCAGCUAAAGUUUAUAGUGAACCUGCAAAAAUUUAUAGUGAACCCGCAAAAUUUUACAGCCAACCAGCUUCUUUACAUCUUAAUGAAGGUGUUAAACAAGACGAUGUUCCUUGGCAACAAAAAUCACCUACCGAUGGCUACAGUAGCACGAUUGUUUCAGCGCCUCCUACUACAUCAUCUCCAUACCCCGCACAUACACAAGCACACAGGGGACAUGAGCCUGAAAAGAAUUACGAAGUGGAUGAAAAGGUCAGUGUAAUGACGGAUGGCAGAACCCACGGUGAGCAGCCUACCAAUCCUGAAAACUGUAAACAAGAAAAUUGCAAAGUAGGUUAUGUUGUGGAAGGUCGCCAAUUCAGGAAAUAUAGAGUAGAAGAGAGAACCUCAGAUGGUUUUAUCGUAGGAGAAUACGGGGUAGUGAGAAACGAAGAUGGGGCACUGAGAGGCGUCAGGUAUACAGCCGACAGCGAUGCUAGUCCUCGUCUUAUACAUGACGCACUAAUGAAGUUCCUGCAGUUAAAAUAGGUUAUUUGGUCAAAUAAUUUAGUUAUUUGGUGAUAAAACGUUUGCUCAUUUAAUUUAUGUAAUAUACUAUGUAAUUUUUCAAUGCUUUAUAAAUGCUAACGAUUCUUGAUUGAAAAAGACUGAAUGUCAUGAUUACUUUUCAUAUGAAAAUGAUAACAGAAAACUACGAUAUGCAGUGUGUUUUGUUCAUUUCACAAUAUUAGUCGAUAAUUGCAUUCGUCAUUUUUUGUAAUGUUUGUAACAUUUACAAAAGUGUUGACAUACAAAACUUUUGUAUAUUCUACAGGCAUUAUAUUAUAGAUAUUAUCUAACUGGACUGAAUUUUUUCAUGUUUCCGUGUAAAUAGCUUCUUGCGAAUAUCAUGGCCGAUCACUUUUGUACAAGUUGAAUGCACCAGUUAUAUGUUGAAUGCAGUUUUUAAUAAAUUUGUAAUCUGA